GAGAAAUUUGAUUUAUUUGAAAGAAAAUUAAAGCCAUCAGAUUCAAACUUGAUCACCUGUUCCUGUCUGAUAGAUGGAAAAUUUCUAGGGAAUAAAGACAAAGAAGGGUAUCGAGAAGGGGAGUGUGAAAGAGCAUAGUGUGAAUGUGUUGGUGUGAAAGGGUGCACCCAAAUGAAUGUUGGUGUCUGUGAGGGAGAGCGGACAAUUUGUGCUUAAAGGGGAAGCACUUUUGUUCUGUGUCGAUCGCGUUUAAUCGUGUUCGUUUUUCUUGGAAGUCAUUGCGCAAUAUUUUCUGUGGAAUUUUUCUGAAAAAUUAUAGAGGGUUGUUGCAAUUUUAUAGUGAUUUUCGAGACUGUCGGUGGAUAAAUUCCUAAAAUUAAUACAGUGAGGUAAAAGAAACACUUUUCUGUUGUAUUUGUUGGCAGUGAUUAAUUUUAUUGUCCUUUUAGUGAUUCUCAUUUCAAUCCUGUGACAACAGAGGCUAUCGCAAUGCCCAGAUUGACUCGUUCUGGAGUGUUGGAUGAAACCCUGGGAAGGCGUACCUCGCCUGACACUGUUAUCUCAGCUCAAGCACCGAAUGUUGGGGUAAAGGAGAUCGAGCUCAUGAUUCCAGAAUUCCAUGGCAUUGAAUACGAUGGAAAAUUCCUGUUUGCUCGUGAAUGGAUCAACAAAAUCGAAACUCUGGGUCAAGUUUACAAGUGGACAUCCUCGCAAAUGCUCUUGUAUGCCUCUUUGAGAGUGAAAGGACCAGCGCAGAAUUGGUUGGAAGCUGCAGAAGGCACCGUUGAUUCUUGGGAAGUAUUCAAGAGAGAUUUGGAAGCUAACUUUCCGAAACACCUACGUGAAUCGGAAGUUCAUGAGAAGUUGAACGCCCGGAAGCGUCGCCCUAGCGAGACACUGGAGGAAUACUACCAUGAGAAAGUGAAGAUGGCUAGAAGAAUUCACCUGGGGGACGAGACCAUCAAGGAGUACCUUAUCAAGGGACUUCCUAGUGCUGCGGAUCGCAAGGUUCUGUGGACUUUGCCAUCAUGCAGCCUUCCACAAUUUUUGCAACACAUGUUGAAGGUUGAGGAAGAUGGAGAUUGCUCUGGUGAAUCCAAGGUGUCUAGACGUUUUGCCGAUAGGAACAGAUCUAGCAUCAGUUCGGGAAACCCUUCAACUUCUCAAGGCAAACAAACAGCGGAGUCGAAUCCAAAGACGUCUAAAGAUGGAAAACAAAAUGAAGUCAGGGGUUCAGAGAAUCGUCGCUGUUACCGUUGUAAUGCGGUAGGUCACUUGAGGAGGAAUUGCCAGAAAUAAAACUUCAUGAAGAUUGGAUUCACGGCGGAGUUCCAUGAGGAAAUUAUUUCCUGGAGUUGUAACUUUAUCAUUGUCUUUAAUGCCACUUAAAUAUUCGAAUUUGAAUUAUUGAGGAUGUUAGGGUGACAUUGAUGGAAAUAAAGAGUUGAUUCAGAGUCAAAAUAUGUCCUAUUUUGGGACUCUGGCAGAUCGAAUUUGAUCUGGUCAGCCUGGCAACACACGGGCUGGUCAAAGAAGAUAUCUAACCCAUGCAACAAUUUGAGGUUAUAUCUUUUCAGAAUUUGGCGCCGGACAACACAAGGGAAAGAGCUCCAACAGGCCUGGACAGUACACGGAUUUUGUGUGCUGGACAAGUGAUGCGGAAAAUCGGUUGCAAUAACCGGCAUCACUGGUAAAGCUGGAAAAUGAUGCGGAAAAUCAGUUUUGCUGGAUACAGAGGCAAUAACUGGCAUCAUUGUUCACUUCAGUCGUGAGUUUUGCGACUGGUCUGCAUUGUUCUUUGCUUGAAUUGU